AUGGAGUGGCCGAGGCAGGGCUGCGCGCUGCCAGCCGCCGCCCAGGGCUGCCCCCGGCCGGGCAGGGGCACGUUGCUGCUGGUGCUGACUCUGUCUCUGCUGCUGUACCCGGUGCUGAGGAGCUGUGCCCUGCAGCUGCACUCUGCCAUCACUGGCACCUACGUCCCUGGGACACACUCCAUUGCCUUCAUCAACUGUCUCAACGAGCAGAUUGCCAAGGACAUUGCCAGGGCCAUCAUGGAUAAGAAGCUGGCUGCCUACGUGAACAUCCUGCCCAAGAGCUUGGCCUUGCAUUUCUGGAAAGGGGAACUGGAAGAAUCCACUGAGAUACUGCUGUUAGUGAAAACAAGGACAUCCAAAAUAAGUGAAUUGUCCGACUAUGUCAGAUCCAUCCAUCCCUUUGAAAUUCCUGAAAUCAUCAGCCUGCCUAUUGACCAAGGAAACCCUCUGUACCUCAGAUGGUUAGAGGAGAGCGUCCCACGGGACUGACUGAAGAACGCAGGGAGCCCCUCACUUUUUGGGGUGACCGGGUGAACCGUGCCGAGCCGCCCCGUGCGGGCAGGAGUUACACGUGCAGAGGCAGCUUUUAUCUUUACGGGUUUGCUACCACCCAAAAACCUGGCACUGGGAAUUUUGUUUGCACUCCAAACAUCCCCUCCUCGGCCUGAGUCUGAGCUCCGGGAGCACCGGGCGGCCCGGCGGGGCUGGAGGCUGAAGCGGGGAGGAGCGACGCGCAC